UGUAUAAAUAUAAAUAUAAACAUGUGUACAUCGAACGGAUUUUAUCUGAUUUCCGACAAAUAAUUCCUAUACGAACCUGGCGAUGUCUUUGUGAUUUGGUCUAAUCCCCAAGAAGAAGUCUUUGCGGUUCUGUUCGAUUUCCCACAAAUCCAGGUCUAAUUUAGGGUUUUUGGGCGACCAUGAAACGCAAGGAGCGAGAGGAGGAGAGGUUGUGUAGGAGCCGAAGUAAGAUAGGUCCGAUUGCAGUUGAUCUGAAGACUGCUAGAGUGACUAGAUUGCCUGCGAGGUCGACCCACCAAGAAGCACUCCCUCAACGCAAGAAGGAGGCGGAUGGUAAUGAGACAAGCCCAAGUAGUAAGUUCGAUUCGCUCCCUUUCGAUCUAAAGAUGGCUAUAGUGAGUAGAAUGGGUGCCAAGUCUCUUAUGAAGUUCCGAUGCGUGUCAAAAAUUUGGUCUUCCAUCAUCCGAAGCAGAGGGUUCAUCGAUUCCUUCUUCUCUAUGUCCUCAAAGCAAUCACGGUUUAUAGUCGCUUUGGCUAACGGUGUAUGCAAUGAGCCUGAAGCGAAGCUCACCUUCUUCUUCUCGUUUGGGGAGUCUUGUUCUUCUUCUUCUUUGGUACCAAACUUGGAGAUGGCAAUACCAGUGGGACUGAGUUCCAUCAGAGAGUCUUUCGCUUCUCUCCAUGGCUUUCUCACCGUUGGCGUUCAUGGUGGCUUGAUGGUGUGUAACCCUAGCACGGAGCAGGUCAUAAAGUUGCACAGUUCCACCAGAUUCGUGGGAUAUGAUCCGAUUGAAGGUCAACAUAAGGCAUUGUUUGUGGAAUCGAGAGUCUCUCGUUCUUCUGUUCAUCAUCAUCUAGACCACAAGGUGUUAACAUUGGGAGGAGGAUCAUGUCAAGAAUGGAGACUCAUUGAGGGUACCCCUGGACCUUAUAGACCGAUAUCAGUGGGAGUAUGCGUCAAUGGUGUCAUCUACUAUGGUGCUCGUAACUCACCCCAUUUUAGGAAUCCAGUUAUGGUGUGUUUUGAUGUUAGAACUGAGAAACUAAGUUUUAUCCAAGCACAUGAGACUCUCCUUCGGUGGGGCAAGGAUUCCAUAUUUAUAGAUUACAAUGGGAAGCUAGCUUCUAUUGUGAGAUACCCUUAUGAUCGUUUCAAUAGUUUUGAUUUAUGGAUAUUAGAAGACCCCGUGAAACAUGAAUGGUCAAAGCAACAUUGUGUGUUUCCCUCCUCCGUGUGGGAUUCUGUUUGGGGCUUCGAAAUGUCUUUUCCAGGAACCAACAAGGAUGGGGAGAUCAUUAUGGCUCCAACCAGCUUGUCACCUGAGGUUGGACCCUUUUACAUUUUUUACUACAAUGUUAAAACACAAAACGUUAGAAGAGUUAGGCUCCUAGGCAUUGGAGACAAUAAAGAGUUUAGACGCUCUUAUGGAUUCUUAAAGCAGCGUGAUUGUUUUGUCCGUAUCGCACCUCAACAUGUCCACAGUAUUGCCUCCCUCUGAGAAAGGUUCCAAAUAAAAGUUUAAAGGUUUCAAGGAUGUAUCAGUAAAACUCAAGAGAGCAUGGCAAAAAGAUUGAGAGCAUGGCAUGCUAUGGUUGUUUUUAUUUGCAAUUUGCAAUUUGUUAUCUUAUAUAUACAUGACUGAAGAUUUGCGUUUCUGUAGUUGCUUGAUCUGCUCGUUGUUUUUGUUCUUGUUGGGAUGAGUUCGAAUUCAUAUUUGAUUGAUUUCCGGUGUUAUUACUUUGGAGAUAUUAUUGUUUGUUUGUAUAA